AUGUUAUCAAUAACAAACGCGAUUGAAAGACACCAUGAACAUAAAGAUAAUAUGCAGCUAGUGAAACAAUAUGAACGACGACAAUUGAAGCUAGGGAAACGAUUAGCUUAUAUACUUCGAUAUGGAGCGGAAAAAGAAGGUUUACAAGUCGAUGAAGGUUGGAUUUCCUUAUCUGCACUUGCAAAAGUUCCACUAUUGAGUGAAUAUACAGAAAAUGAAUUACUUGGUGAGAUUCAAACAUCGUAUUCAUACAGAAAAACACCGAGAUAUCAAUGGGAAAGACGACCGAAUGGAAUUUAUGUUCGAGCGGCUUAUGGACGAAAAUUUGAACGAAAUCCUUUUCAUGGACAAACACAAAUUCGUCGUCUAUUAGACUUGGCGUUAGAAUACGUUUGUCAGAAUAUUGAUAAAUACGACUUCGAAGGAUUUCCAGAUGAAUUUCUUAUUAAUGAAGUUAUUCAUCGGAUUAAACGAAAUGGAAAAUUAACAAGCAGAACUUUACAAGGAAUAUUGUCAGGAACGAUGGAGCAUUUAGAUCUCGAUGGAAUUUAUCUUACUGAAUCAGGAAUCCGAGCUGUGUAUACCAAAUGUCCAAAUUUAAGGGUUCUUUCAUUGAAAGGUUGUGGCUACAUUCUCAAUGACCAUUAUUGUGAACAACUAAUUCGAAAAUGUCCACUUAUUGAAUCUCUUGAUCUGUCAUAUUGCCGGCAUUUAACUGACCGUACAUUGGAUAAUUUAACGAAAUAUUAUUCCGAGAAUCUUCUUCAUCUGAUCCUUUCGGGCAAUCAGAAUUACACCGGUGACGCCAUCGUACGUCUCGUCUCUGGCUGUCAACAUCUCAGACAAUUAGAUAUUUGGGACAAUCCCAACUGUACAAACGAUGUUCUAAACAUUUUGAUCGCAUUAGGAAAAUCGCGUAGCGAAGAUCGUGCAAUCACUAUUGUACAUAAACAUCUUCAACAUCCAGCUGUUGCCCCAGCGAAUCCUUGGGCUGUAGUCAGUGCAAAGACGGUGUAA